GCAGUUAAUUGCAAUUGCAGGACGUCGAGGGACCCACUAGUGGAACGUCAUCCGCAUUUCACUUCCAUCUUUCCAGUCGUUACGCCCCCUACUAGAUGAGUUCCUGGUAGAGAAAUAAACGCAUAGUCAGGUGCAGGGCUUCAAACCGUCACUGUGAGGAUCUUCGGAAGGUCCUUGAGAAAGAACGCAUAGGAUACAUGUUGAAUAAAGAGGACUGGGCAUUUGACUCACUCGAGGUAGAGUGAUCAUGACCGCUCGGCGCAGGGAUAGCCUGCGAAUACGACCGGCUGACAACGCAGGGUUGAGGUCCCCGAAAAAGCCUCGGCAACGGGAGUUGACCAGCAGCAGUAGCGCGGGAUACGCAAGCGAAUCGAUGACUGCCUUGCCACAAUGGAUGCGCCUGUAUUUGUACGGGAUGCACGGAGUCACGUUGGACAUCGUCCUGUCAUCGAUACGCAGGUUCCUGGAUGCCAACGAUUUGAAGCUUCUGGGGUUUUCCUCACCCUACCUCUGCGUAGUGCACUCCCUCACCCAUUUCGUGUUAGAGAAAGUGUAUAUGCAGAAAAAGUGCUUCCAAGGACGCCCUGUUAUUUUUCACUUCAUCUUCUACCCGUCUCUGUACAUUGGCCUGCAGAUCUUAAUUGGCAACAUAUUCACAAUAACGGACAACAUCAAAGUGGUUUCAGCGACGCAGCUUGUCAUUCAUUACAUCCUCGCAUUGUACUUCACUAAUGUAUUCCAUAAAGGGAUAUUGCACCUGCAGUAUCAGUGCCCUGAGAAACGAAACCAGGCAAAGCCGGCGCUGGAGAAGACGAAACCUCUUCCUGGACUACCCGGCAUUUUACGAUUUGUGUUUUAUGGCAUGCAAGGCUUACUAGACGAGAUUGUUUUCACCUCAGUCUUUAACCUAUUCGAGAAGUCUGACCAGACACUGAGCGGCCACACGUCGGUGUGGUCCUUCCUAAUGUACGGCAGCUGCAGCUUCGUCGUGGAAAAGCUGUACAUGCACUUGCACUUUGAGAGGGGAUGGAACACGUGGAUGCGGCUCCCGAUUUAUAUUGUUUUCAUCUAUACAUGGGAGUUCUCAUGGGGUCUUGCAUUGCGCCAUUUUGACGCCUGUUCGUGGGACUACUCGCAUUACCCGCUAAAUUUUAUGGGUCUCGUGACUUUGCUCUAUCUCCCUGGUUGGGUUUGCCUGAGUCUUUAUCAGGAUAUCCUGUCGAACGUGCUACUGCGUGUCGUGUGUACCAAAGAAGAGAGCUUAUUUGGAGCGGGUGUCAAUGGGCGCCCCCUAGCCAGAAAAGCUGUUUUUAAACGAUAGACUACAUUAAACAGUUUGAUUUGAACCACAGUAAUUACUAUUUGGGGAUAUACAUGCCAUUAGUGGUGUACACACGCAGCACACUUUUCCUCAGAGAAAAUGGAUGUAGCUGUGUCAGCAGCUUUAAUAUCUGAUCGAAGUCCUAUCACUUUGUAGUGAGAGAGAUGUGAACAACACACUGUAACUUCACCUUUUAAGAACCACUGUUUAUUAAAAGAUGUAUUUUAUGAGAGGAAAAUGUCUUUCAAUUCACCUAAUGUACUGUGCUUUGUAACCAAAUGCACAUGGUAAUGACUUUUGGGUAAAAGGUUUCUAUUAAUUGUGGUCCCCAGAGAUAAUAUAAGCAUGCCUUUAGUAAUUGCUUUUUGCAUGGCAUUUAAUGUUCACAUGUACCUUGCAUGACUGUCCAUUGAGUGUUGAGUUGGUAAUGAGAAUUAGUCUGGUCACCUAACGAGAAUUAGACUUUUCACCUAAUGAAUUUGCUGUGAAUCAUCCAACCAAUCAUUUAAGCUUUAAAUGCUUUGAGUUAAUUGAGUGCCUUUCUUAACAGUCCUAGGCUGCUGGAUUAAAGAAACACAUACAACUUUGUGCAUCUGACUCCAUCUAAUAUACUUAUUUGACUGUGUUACAAAGGCCUGCAAAGGAGAGAAUAGUUCCCCAUUGUCUUAUCUCAAGCAGGAACUAUUUUUUGUAUGAUGUUUGUUAGGCUUAUGGGGAAAUGUCUGCAGUAACUGGCAUAAAGGUUACUGAGUAAGAGGCCCGCCCAAUUUUACAUUGUACAUUUCUUGGCAGCUACUAAUGUCUGGGGAUCUUAUUAAGUGACAUUUGCCUGACCUGAGUAGACUUUGAGUCUUGUGACAUAUUUAAUAUGGUGUUGAUUGUAAAGCCAUGGAUAGCCAAGUUAGCCACCAUGGCACAAGAGAAAGGGAAACUCAAAGUAGCUCCUAUUUUUAAGAUAAAUGGUGUUAAAGCCCUUCAGACCAGUCCUAAAAUUGGUGCAGACUGGAGAAAGAUAUGUAGUCUAGACCUACUUCAGCUAUAUCAGUACAGUUAACUACAUACAAUGACAGUAGGGAUAACAGCUUGACUGGACAGGUUAGCAUGUUAGAUGUUGUUAAUAUUACAAUAUUGCAUCAGUCUCUGUGUACUGAUACUAGGAUUCUCUGGAGUCGCUACCUGAGUGUCUCAUCUUUCCAUUGCCUUGGCAGUUGUGAAGGUAUAUGAUAUGCAUAUAAAGGAACAGGUUUGAAACAUAUAGUGUCACUGAUACUGCCUGAAAUGGACCUAUUUGAUGCAUCAAACAAUCUGUACAGUCGACUCACUUUCUCUAGCAGGGAUACAUGUGUGGACUCUUGUCCAAAAUACCUUGCACUGUGAACUGUUAACUAGUGAUCAAUAAGUGUGAAUGCACUCCGUAUGAAAUUGACACAAUGAAAUGUUUGUAAAUGGAAAUUACUCUUCUUUAGGUGAUUUGUUUUUAUCUUUCCUAUUUUUAUAUAUAAAAGUACUGCAUGUUGGUAUGUUUUGUAUUUUUUCGUGAACGUACCCUCUUGAACGUAUUAUUGACUCGUUGAAUGAAGGGUUGCACAUUGCCUGUGUACGUUUCUCAAUAGGAUAAUCCAUUUUUAGAUGAAGGUGUUCACUGCGAAACUACAAGAAAAGAGAAAUGGGAUGUGUUGAUGGGGCCCAAGCUAGUAUAAAAGACUCAGAACUUCCUGCAGAGUCAGAAUAAACAUGUUGUCUGUUUUUAACAAGUUCAAACAUGGCAGCUGGCGGGUGUCCAAAAGGUGUACACUUUGGUUUCAACCAUGUUAUUAUAUGACAAGAUGAGUGAUCAACUAUACUGUUAUGAAAUUAUAUGAAUAAAAGAUAAUUAUACCACCAUA